AUGGCGUUGCUUCGAAUAAUCUCGAGAUCCUGCGCCUCAUUUUAUGACGACGUUGAAGACGAUGUUGAAGACGACGUUAACAGCAAAGCUAAUAGAGGAUGGCGUCGCUUCACGUCUUCUUUUAGACCCUACGCCGCAGUUUAUGACGACUUUGAUAACGACGUCAAAAUUCACGUCAGCAACAACGAAAAAAGCGUGUGGCGUCGCUUAAAAUCGUCUCGAGAUCCUGCGCCGCAUUUCAUGACGACGUUGAAGACGACGUUAACAGCAAAGCUAAUAGAGGAUGGCGUCGCUUCACGUCUUCUUUUAGACCCUGCGCCGCAGCUUAUAACGAAUUUGAUAACGACGUCGAAAUUCACGUCAGCGACAGCGAGAAAAGCGUGUGGCGUCGCUUCAAAUCGUUUUGAGAUCCUGCGCCUUUAUGACGACUUUGAUAACGACGUCGAAAUUCACGUCAGCAACAACGAAAAAAGCGUGUGGCGUCGCUUCAAAUCGUCUCGAGAUCCUGCGCCACAUAUUAUGACGACAUUGAAGACGACGCUAACGGCAAAAGUAAAAUCGGAUGGCGUCGCUUCAAAUCGUCUUGAGAUCCUGCGCCGCAUUUGA